GUCUGCUCUGCCUACUCUGUGUCUACCACUGCCAGCAACAGACGCUGCUGAUCCACUACGCCGGAGUUCCGUGUGCUUUGUUCUACAGAACACGGGAUACAGGUACAAACAUCGCAUCUCGUUGUAGAGCAUUGAUAUCGAACGCAGCUACGGCGGGGCUGAAGCACACCCACCUACAGCAGUACUAGGGUACUAGUCUAGGGCUGAGGAGGGAACCAUGACCGAGAUGCUUGACUUCGGGUGGUCCGAGCGGCCCUACUGGGACCGCAAGAAUUGGUCCUCGCUGGAGGCUUACAAGGAGGCUCUCAAGAAGUCCAGCACGCUCUACGUAGGGAACCUGUCCUUCUAUACCCAGGAGUCUCAAAUCUACGCCCUGUUCGAUCAGGUUGGAGCGGUUCGGAGAGUGAUCAUGGGUCUCGACCGCGUGAAGAAGUCCCCGUGCGGUUUCUGCUUCGUCGAGUACACGAACCAUUCUGAUACGCUGAUGGCGAUUACCUGCCUCGACGGUACGGCGCUCGACGAGCGUAUCAUCAAAGUGGGAAUCGACCCAGGGUUUAAGCAGGGCCGGCAGUAUGGGCGCGGCAUGUCGGGAGGGCAGGUGAGAGACGAAGCGCGCGCCACGAACGACCCAGCACGAGGAGGCAUGGGCGGCCUAGCCCUCGCCGAGAUGAACGGGCAGCUUGCACCUCAGGGAGGAGGAGGAGGAGGAGACUACUACGGCCACGGCGGCGGUGGAGACUACUAUGGCGGGGGCGGGCGCGCGAAUAAGCGGCCACGCGUGGACUGGGAUGCGCGGGAUCGGCGGUGAAGGGCCGUCCCACCAGCAGCACCUUGCUUCAUUGUAGACAUCUGUUCACUUUUAGUUUUCUGGUUGUGUUUUUGGUCUAGGUUAUGUAGCGGUUCUGUUUUUUUGCGGCGGAGGGUACUCGCUUGUUCUUGACCGCGCCAAGCUUUUGCGAUUGGCUCACGGUUCAACAGGUUAGGUUAUAUCUUGCUUUUCAGGAGGGUGGCACCUUGUGUCAUGCA